UGUAUUGAAUUUCGUGCUGAGUGCUCGUCCGCACAACGGUUACGCGUAAAUUUUUUCGAAAGUCUUUGAAAUUUGUGCCGAUAAAUGGUUUAAAAAAAUAAAAUAAAAUUCCAAUUGUGCAAAAAGUGCAGGUAAAAUUAAUAUUUUUUGAAAAAUAGUUUUCACCGUAAAUUUGCAUGGCAAAUUGCAGUUAAAUAUCAAUAAUAAUCAAAUUGGUGAAUGAGUGAGUGAAUUUAUAUGAAUGCGAAUGGGAAGUAAAAUAGUGGAAAGAGAAGAAAAAUAUUAAUAAGAAGAAGCAUAUUAUAGCAACAAAUAUAAAGUGUGAGAUUACGAAGAGAAGAAAUUUAGAUUCAUUUGCGAAAGUGAAUGAAUUAUAUUUGAGUUAAUUGAACAUGUCAAAAGUGUGAAAAUUUAUAAAAGUGCAGCAUCAAAAUAUCAAUGUCUAAUACAAUAAUAAAUAAAUUCAGUAGCUGAUAAUACAAGUUUGCGUGAAUAUGUCGUUGAAAAUAUUUACAUUUGUACGAAAAUAUAACAUGCACAUAUUGAGGUCAUACAUAGCAAAGUGGUGUUGAAAUCGAAGUGUGCGCUAAAGGGGAAAGUAUUUUUGUGUAUGUGUGCGUAUGUAUAUCUGCAAUACCCACAGUGCAUGUAUCGCUUGUUGACCAGCAAACGAAAAAAAAUAAAAACAUAAACAGCUGCUGCGCUGGUCAUUAGAGCAGAACACUUGCAAAAGCCCAUAGGGCUCACACCGCUGACUGUUGGAUCGUCCUUGUGCAAGCAUAAUUAAGUAUUCUCGUGCUCCCCGCUGCGGACAGGUGCUGUACCUACCGAAAUAUUAAUUAUUCAUUUAUUUCAGUUGUUUGAUAACAGGCGUGCAUAAUUAACGAUUUCUCGUUAAAAAUACAUAGAAAGUAUGAAAGUGAAAUUUUAAUGGACACAAAGUGUCAAAUAUUGUAAGUAGAAAUUUCUUAUCAACAUCACAGUGUGUAGUGAAAAAGCGGUGUACCAGCCCUUACAAAUAUAAAUUGAUAGUAAUAAAUAAAACUAAAUAAAUUACCUAAGCAGAUGCACCAAUAAGUAUAACGGUAAUUUGUGUAUACAACUAUACAAGAAAAAAGCGUAAACGAAAACGCGAAAAAUUAAUCAUUCCAAGAUACAAAAAUAUACAACAAAACAAUUAGAAUUGAGGUGCAUCGGUGAGCUUAUGGCAGAAUGUCUGCUGUGCUAAUGCUAAAAGCGUAAAAGCGUGAAAAUCCAAAGAGCAUAGCAGCAGUGGAAAACAAACAGUGUGAGUAGCAGAAGCAGGCAGUCACCACAGCCGCAACAUUUUUUAGGUGUGUGUGCUCCACUCACCUACUUUCGCGCGUGUUGCUGCUUUUGUCCAUAGUAGUAGUAGUUGUGGUGGUGCCUCCCCCAACACCCAACAUUGAAUUGCUGCUAUCAACCCAAUAGCUACAGCAGCGUUGUUGUCGCGUGUUUCGUGGCUCUCCUCUUCGCCAAUCGUCACAUUUAUGAGUUCGGCUCUCGCGUUACGUAUCGUUAACUCUCGCUACUAUCGGUAUAUCGUCUUCUUCUUCGGUAAACCAACAGAAAAAAAUAUUUAAUUAAAUCAAAUAAAGUGAAGAUAAAUCGUUUGUGCUAGUCAACAUCGUUUUUCAUUGUAAAUAAUAAAUAAAUAAAUUUUCUGAGCAAUUAACACGAGCAUUGAGUUGCUUGAAAUUAAUCAUAAACGGUGCCAAUUCAUUGAAAUAUUCAAAUUAUUACUUGCUUCGUGCGCUGAAGCUCGGAAUGCGUGCGUGUGUGUGAAAAAGUGCGAGAAAUAUUGUCGUCUUUUAAUGCUCUGCAAUCGAAAAUUUUUUAUUGAUCGCCGUUAAUAAAGAUGUGUGUGUGCCUGUAUAUAUUUUGAGUUAGUGCGUUCAUUUGGUAAAAUCGUGUAAAUCUCCCAGCGCUUUGUUAGCGUUGUGUCGUGCAUCAACACGCAGCAGCAGUUCAUUUGCGAUGCCAUUGUUGUUGGAAUAUGAAGCGCUUGACUUUUGAUUCACAACAAUUAUUGCAUAAACAGAAAACAUUGUGUGUAGUUCUCAUACUCAAGUGUAAUUUGUGCAUUUAGAAUGGCUGCCGCUAGUGCUGGCCAACAAUUGCACCAGCAGCAGCAACAACAACAGCAACAGCUGAAUCACUCGCAUCAUCAGCAACAACAACAACAAGACAUAGAUGUAAUUGGAUUGCGCCAAUCAUUUCAGCAAUCAAUGAAACAACAACAACAACAACAGCAGCAGCAACAGCAUGCACUGACAUUGCAACAACAGACGGUGCUGCAGCUGCCACAGCAGCAACAGCAACAACCGAUGCAACAGCAUAUACAAUUGCAAUUGCAACACUUAAAUAAUGGACAACAGCAAAUGUUGCAGCACCAGCAGCAACAGCAACAACUGCAAUUACAGCAGCAUGCACAUCAGCAGCAGCAGCAACAAUUGCGUGCUGGGAAAUUCACCACGCGUGUCGCUUCCAAUUCGCCACUGUUCACGCAGCAGCACCUGCAGGAACAACAAAAACAAUUGCAGCAGCAACAGCAACAACAGCAGCAGCACCAACAACAUUUACAGCUGUCACGACAGCAGCAACAACAAAAUCAGCAACACACGCUGUCGCAAACGAUGUCCACUGGCUUGUUAAAUGGCGGUGGCACCGUAUUUGCUGCAAGCAAUGGUGCAACACGCAGUCAGCCAAUGAAUAUUUAUCAGCAAACACAACAAAAUAAUGUAGCAAUACAGCAGCAACAACAACCGCAACAACGCUUGCAACAACAUCAAACCCAACAGCACUCACUAAAAGUGAAUAAUAAUGUUGUGGCAGCGCCACCUACAAUUGCCUCACGUCAACAUAUUACCAUAAGCAAUUCCCCUUCCACUCAUAAUGUGAGUGUUGGUGCUGCAUCUGCUGCCACUACGGCAACAACUACAAACUCCACCGUAGGGCAGCCAAGUGCUGUCAGCGCUACUAAUGCUAAUUUGGCACCGGGUUGGCGUAGACAGGCCAACAACGAUGAAAUCAUCUAUAUAAGCCCAACCGGUGCAACGUUGCGUACACAGUACGAAAUAAAGGAUUAUUUAUUGUCACCGGGUACCUGUAAGUGUGGUCUACCAUGUCCAUUGCGGCCGGAGUAUUUCUUCGAUUUCAAUGCUCAGGUUCCUAAUAUGCCACUGAAAAUGCCAACGCACGACGAAAACGGCUGCAACACCACUACCGCCGCAAACACGAAUGCCAACACACCCGCCUCAACGACGAAUACAUUUCGUUCGACGCCAACAUCUGUUGCUACAAGCUCAGCAUUGGCGGCGUCCCUCUCGCCGUUCUCUUCCUCAUCAACGUCCUCGCAGUCCUCACAGUCGUCGUCGUCAUCAUCGUCGUCGACGUCGACGUCUGCAUCGUCAGCGUUGGGGUCGUUGUCAUCAUCCUUGGCAUGUUUGCAUCAGCAACGUUUUCUCGAAUCGCGGCAAUUACAUGCACAACCGGUGGAUGUGUCCUCGGCGCAAACAAAAGACAUUAAACGUGGUAAAAUGGCCAACACUGGCAUCGCAGCGUCGUCUCCAAUGCCCACAGCGGCUAAUGUUAGUGCAACAAAAGCAGGCAACACGAAUGUACAACAACAAGCUAGUCAAAACCCUAAUAAAAUGAUGCCGCCUGCACAGGUGCAUUAUCAGCAGCAACAACAACAACAGCAACAGCAAAAUGUGAUAAAGAAUGUGACAAACAAUGCAGACAUCAAAAUAAAACAGCAGCAACCAACGCUCAAUUCACUUAACGCAGACAACAAAAUGUGGCGCAAAGAUGCUGAACGUGUGCCACCAUUGCCGCAAGCUGCUACUACAACAACAAAUGCGAUAACCACGAUUGCUGGCGAAGAAAACAAUGUGGCAACGCCCACUUGGACGACCGCAAGCGGCGGCAGUGGCAUGAGCCAUCAACAAAACACAACGCGCUACAUAAAGCGCUCGCUCGCCUCGCCGGUGAAGAAACAGCAGCCGAAUUUUAAAGAUGAUCCCACAGGAUACCUACAGCAACAGACAGCACUGCUGCACAGCUCAAUGAUGAAUGUUGCCAUGGACGAAGACGACGAGGAAGACGAGGGAGACGAGGGAGACGAGGAAGAAGAAGACGACGACGAACUCGAUGCCGACGCAUGUGCUGAGGAUGACGCAGAAAUGGCAGAUGAUGGGGAUGAUGCAGAAGACACUGAUGGCUAUGAAAGUGUGGCUGAAGAAGAUAAGCAGAUUAAGCUGAGGCAUGUAGCAAGUGGCAACAACAACAUUGCCAACGGCAACGUCAAUAUAACAAUGCAACAAAGCGUGCAACAAGAAACGACAGGCACUUCAAUUGGUGAUAAGAAACCACAAGGCACUUAUGCCAAGAAAGUUUAUGUGCAAAAUGGUGUGGCACACUAUCAGACACAGAUACAGCAACAGCAUCAGCAGCAGGAGACUACGUUUUAUCGACCACAACAACAACAAGCGCAGCCACAGCAGCUGCAACAACGUAAGACCCAACAAAUCAGCGCUCAUCCACAGCAAAUCAUUGUCACCGCUAAUCAAGUGCACGUGCAGCAGCAACAGCAGCAGGCGCAACUACAACAGCAACAGCAAAACCAACAGCUAAAACAAAUGAAUCUGGUUUCCAUCAACGGUCAACUGAUGGUACCCACCUCAAUGGCGGCUGACGGUAGCACAAACUUCACGCUCACUUUGAAGCCUCAACAACACCCACAACAACAGCUGCAACUACAACAGCAGCAGCACCAACAACCACAACAAAUUCAACUCAUGCAGCAGCAAAACAUGGUUUUCAGGCAACAGCAAACGCAGAAGCCGAAUCUCGUGCCAACCGCGCAAGAAUCACCGGUCUCCUCAAGCACCGCCUUUGCGCGCUCCACACCCGAAUCGCAACGUCAUACGCCAAGGCCAGAGCAGGUCGGUGCCAUAUCAACAAGCAAUGAAAGCCCAUUGCCAUGUCCAUCUCCAGCCGAUUCGGUCGAGUCGGGCAGCUCACGCGCCUCUUCCUCCAAAAUGACCGCCUCGCCAUCGCCAAUGCAACAGCAGCAACAACAAAAACAAUUGCAACAGCAACAACAUCAAGCCAACUCCAAUCAGGUGGUGCAGAUGCGUGUACAACAACAACAACAACAGCCGCAGCAACAAACACAACAGCAGAUACGCAUUAUACGUCAGACACCACAACAUCAGCAUCAACAACAGCAACCACAACGCAUAGCGCUUGCGCGCAAUACGUUGACAUCCAUAGCCGCUAGCCGUGCCAUUACAACAACAACCGCCACUACAACUACAGCCGCAGCAACAGCAGCUGUCACAGUCAGCGCUAGUCAGCAGCAUAUAGAGACGCUUGCACCGCCGCCACAACCGCAAAAGUUGCAAGCCACAGUACAGAAAUCCAACAACACAAUUCCACUACAGCUGCCCACAAGUCAAAUCAUCAUGACCUCCACCGGACAAUUGAUUGUUAUGCCGACUAAUGGCAAGCCCACUGCGCAAUUGCAGCAGCAACAAGCGCAAGGCCAGCAGCAACUGCUGAUCACCACAGCUGCCAAUAGCAAUGUCACAGGCAGUGGAGCUGGGCAAACGACAACCGGCAACGUUAUCAUCCAACAUCAGCACCACCCACAGAACCAACUGGAAGUACUUGGCGGUCACCAGCAGCUGACCACCGCGAAUGGCAGCAUCAUACUGCAAAAUGGACAACAGCAUCAACAUCAAGGUGGCUACAUUGUAGGUCAGGCGUCCACCGCCGGCGCCACAACGACCACUGCACAACUGCAGCCCGCUACAGUUAUUUUAAAUUCAGCUGGUCAGAAUAUACUAACCACAAGUAAUGGCACUAAGGUGGCGUUGGCGACAACUGGCAACACUGGCAAUAUCAUACAUGCUGGCGGUCAGCAACUAAUUGCCGGCAAUCAACUGUUGACCACCACACAGAACACCGCUACAGCUACAACUGGUCUAUUGCACGGCCAACAAGCGGUCGUCUUGAAUACGCUGCCAAACGGUGGCUACGUUAUACAACAGCAGCAGCAGCCUACUGCUCAGCAGCAAUUUGCCACGUUGGAUGGUCAGGUGGUAAGUCAGAUUGUUCAACAAGCCGAUGGAACUACAGCCUACGUACAACAAACCCAACAGAGCCCACAGACGCAGCAGCAAGCGCAGACACAACGCAUUAUCAUCACAUCGCCGGAUGUGAAGAGACGUGCGAAGAAACGUAAAAACUCCACUGGCAGUGUCUCGCCUGCCAACACGCCCACCACGAGUCUUUCGCCACAAAUUUCGCCAACUAUACCCAACCAAACGGCCAUUAUACAUCAGCAAGCUGCUGCUGCCGCCGCCGCGGCAGCCGUUGCCGUACAACAACAGCAACCACAACCACCACCACCGCCACAGCCGCAAGUUGUACAAAUCGCUUCCGCUGCACCUCAGUAUCAGCAACAAUUCCAACUUAGCCCUGGUAUACAGGGCAUUGUGGUCAAUAAGCCAGCUACCGCUACAGCGACACAACCACAACAAAUCAUCUUACAGAAUGGCCAAAUCAUACAGCCAAUGAAUCUCAUUGGGCAGCAAUUAAUUGUGCCCACCGGUCUGGUGAUGGCACCCGACACCACAUUACUACAAAUACAGAAUGUGGGCGCUUGCGGGCCGAGCAUACUCACCACCACACCGCAGGGUACAACAAUGAUGUUACGCACACCCUCACCCCAAAAUAAGCAGUUCAUUUCGCCCACGGCCACCGGACAGCAAUUCAUUGUCGGCAGCAAUGGGCAAUUGAGUCCGAUCGGACAAAUUUAUUCGACACCAAUGGGUUUGGUUAUGCCAACGGCACAACAGCAAGCCGGCACAGCCACGUACGUGCAGCAGAAUGCGACCAUACAAGUGCAGCAACAUCCACAAGCACAACAGCAGCAGCACCAACAACAGUCACAGCCGCAGGUGCAAGUACAGCAGCACGUGGCAGCACAACAGCAACAACAACACCAUCAUCAUGUAGCAAUUCAACCGGCCACCGGCGCAAUGCAUCAACAACAACAACAACAGCAACACUCAAAUCAACAACAACAACAUAUAACCAUGCUGAGCUCUGAGCACAUCGUUAUGGAAUCAGCCACGUCGUCUUCGUCAACAACCACGUCAUCGUUGACUCCGUCAAGUCGCGGUGGUCAGCGUUCGGCGGCCGCCAGUCCACCGGACACCACCACCCAUAGCCCACGCAGCCCAGAGCGCCCACCCAGUCAUCGGAGUGGUGGCAGUGAUAUGGUGCAAUGUGUAUCCAGCUCAGAACCGGAUGGUGCCGCCUCGCCACAGAGUGCUGACAGUCGGCAGUCUCCAUCGACCACGGACGCCGAGAAAGGACUUGUUAUGUCAAGCGCAUAUCAAACCACAAGCAUAUACAAGCCGUCAGAAGCGAAAAUACGACGCGUACAAACACCGCCGCAGAGCGUGGGCGCAGGUGGCGCUGUUAUGAAUGCCGGCGGUGGAGCUGGAGCCGGUGGCGUGGGCUUUACCAUCACCUCAGCCGCGACAUCUACAGCUUUGGCCACUACACUUCAGCUACAGCAACAACAACAACAACAACAGCAACAUCAACGUCAGCAGCAACAGCAGCAGCUGCAGCAACAUCAUUCUCUCCACCAGGACAUUGUAAUGAAGCCCGAUUCGCACGAGUCGCCAAGAAACUCGCCAACAACCACAACCAAAACAACGACCACACCACCACCACCACUUACAGUCAACAACCUAGCCAACCGUAAAUCGCCACAAAAGUCGCCAAACAAACUGUUACGCGGUCGUGCCACACGCACCGCACGCACCACCGUCAACAACAUCACAGAAUUGGCUGCUGACAGCACCGCGGUGCCGGCAACAGCACAUAUUACAACAACAUCGGCAGCGGCAGCGGCAACGAUAGCAACAGCAACACACACGUUUGCAAUUGGCGAAUUGAUUUGGGGUCCAUCGCGCGGUUAUCCCGCCUGGCCGGGUAAGGUGGUGAAUGUGGAAACGGAUGAGCAAUCACAAACCGCUAAUGGUGAACCAGCCGUUUGGGUGCAAUGGUUCAGUGGUGGUGGUCGUAUCAUAACCGAACUGAUAGCGAUCACUUCGUUACACAGUCUGUCUGAUGGUCUGGAGGCGCAUCACAAAGCGCAAAAGGAUACCAGAAAGAGCCGAAAAUUGAAUUCACAACUCGAGCGUGCCAUUCAAGAAGCAAUGACCGAAUUGGAUCGUAUUUCAGCUACUUCGACAACAACAACAUUUGUGAAUGCAACUGCCGCCAAUAAGCAAUUGCAGCAGGCAACCGCCUCGUCGACCACGAGCACAACACUCAACAACAACGCGAACAGUCCCAAUCGCAAUAAGCGCCACAGCAACACCAUGCAGCGUCUACACAAUAACAACAACAACCAUAAUAGCACUACUGGCAGCGCUGCAGCCACAGGCAACGGUGGUUAUGCAAUUGUGCCAACAUCUGGUGGACCCACACACGCCAUAUCCACCACCACCAGCGCGCAGAACAGCUUCGGCGCACCACCACCAACAACAGCAACAGCACCACGCAACAAACCAAUACGCAUAGCGCCAGCACCGGCCCCCACCGGCGCUUCACCCAACAAAGCAACAAGCGGCACUGCAGUGGCGCUCAACCACGCGCAGGCGCAGUCGGCACAACAAGCCACCACGCAACAGCUCUCGGCGCUGGGCAAAUGACACGGGGAGUCGUGCGCACAAGUCUCAUGGUCCAUGCAAACCUACACGCUUGUCAUACACAACAAAUAGCUGAUGGGCGCCGGUAAAGAUGCGGAGCAAUGAGUGGUAAACGCCGACGUAGUAAAUGGCGUUGGAAAAGGUUGAGCGAAACAACGUGCCCAGCAAUGUCCGUUGAGAGCAGCAUGCGACUUUGUGCUGGCUCGGAAGGCAAUCUCUGUGGCUGCAGUGAGGUAGUAAUGGAAUUGAGCAACGCAUUAUGGCACACAUACAUACGUAAAUGUAUGUAGCGUUUACGCAUGAAUGCGUAUAAAAAUAAUCAUAAAGAAUAUGAAAUGAAAGAAAAUAAAAUAUAUUUAUAUGUAUUUUACAUAUAAAAAUUCAAUAUGUAUAUGGGUAUACAUAUGUGUUAAUGCAUAUAAAAUUAUGUAUGUAUGUUAAUGCUUUUACAUAUACAUAUUUACCAUACAUAUGUGGUAUAUGCGGAGCUACUAAACAGUUUUAUAUACAUAUAUAGUGAUAAAAAUAAAAAUAAGUGAAAUGUUAAUUUUCCUGAAUUUGAAUAUUUCCAUUGUAAGAACAACUUCGAAAAGCUUCAUUAUUUUGAAAAAUCAUAUUUCUCCUAUGAUAAGCGAUAAAAUGAAUGUUAUGGAAAUACUUUUAUGCUUUUAUGAAUUUGUAAAGAUUUAGUUGUUGCAACAAAUUUCGUUAAACCUUCUUAUAGUUAUAGUGUAUAGUUUAAGCGCAACCAAUAAAUAAGUAUGUUUCUUUAAGAACAUAAAAAACACAAAUAUUUAAGGUUAUUUAAACAAUAAAAUCCCUCUGUAAUAGUAUUUUAUGAAUUGUAAUUGUACAAAUUAAAAGCAGAGUUAUAAGAAAUACUUUGUUCGUUAGUUAUUGACUUUAGUGUGUAAGUUGAAUGUAAAAUGUAAGUUUAAAAAUUAAAUAAUAUAUUAUUAAAAACAGAAAUAUUUUCUCUUAACGCUUUCCAUUGAGGCGUUCAAAACGUGCUAAUGCUUGCAAAACAUUACAAAAUAUUACAAAACAAAAAAGAAACUGCUAACACAUUAUUUUUGCUUUCAAUAAAUAUUUUAAGCACUAUAAAAGGCAAAAACAAAUAUAUUUUUUCAAUAAUGCCACAAUAGAAUUUCAGUUAAUGCUAAUGACAAUAAACAAAUGAAGAGAUAAAUUAUUAUUUGAAUAUAUACAAGCAUCAUAAAUAUAUAUAGCUACAAAAAAAGAAAACAAUUAAUAUACUUUUUGUUGCAACAAAUAUAUACAUUUAUGGCUAAAAAAAUAUGAUAGACACAAAAAUACGUAAAAAAGCUAUGAAUAGGUGAGUAAUAUAUUUUUUUAGCAAUAGUCCUGAAUUAUUUACAUAAGUCUUGUUUUGAAAAUUUAACAUUUUAUAUUAUGCAAAUCUUUUUUGUUUAUAAAUACAUUGUUUUUGUUGCAUUUUUAUUUAGUUUUACACAAAUUAACAUAAAAUAUUUAGCAUUAAGCCAUUAAAGAAGCUUAGAACAGUAAAAACAUAGUUAUAGUUGAAAAAAAAAUAAUAAUAUGCAGUAUCAAUAAAUAAAUUUAACAGAACAAUUAAUAAUAAAUUAAUAAAAAUCGAAAUGAGAACAAAAAAUAUUAAAAACAAUUAAAAACAAUAGAAAUGAGUAACAGAAAAUAAUAAUAAAACAAUAAAAAUAGAAAUGCGAAAUACAAAUAUAAAAAUAAAUGUAUUUAAGAUGCUAAUAAUCAAAAUCAAUGGUUAAUCAAAUGCUAUAGUACACAAUUAACAAAUAAACACAGACAAAAUAUUUGGGGUUUUAUACGCCGAUUUACAAACAUCCAUACAACAUAAAUGCGAAAACAUAGAUUUUUGGCAUAAAACGCGCAGAAAAAUAAUGUUAUAGACGAAGAACUUAAGCAAAAUAUUAUUUUUUUUAUUUUACAUUUAUGUGCACAACUUUAAUUUUGCUUUUUGCUGCAAUAAUUUUUUACUGAAUAAAUCAUUAAAAUGUUUCGUUGACAUCUUUUAUAUAAAUAUCCUAAAAAUUCUAAUGUUUUAUGCAUUUGUUUUUAUUAUUUUUGUUGCAUUUAUAUUAAUUACUAAUUUUCUUUUAAUUUGGCUACAUAUACAAAUAACUCUCAAAAUUGUGCACGCAUCACACACAAAUCGAGCAACUAAUAAAAGUUCAUCCAUUUUCCACUGUACACAUUUGAUAAAAUUUUCUUUUUUAAGAAGCCACUAAAAAUCUAAUUUUACGACAAUGUAUUUAUGCAUAUAUAUUUAAAAAAGAAAUCAAUUAGUAAGUACAUGUUUACAUACUUUGCUAGUAUUUAAUAAAUUUGUUGUUAUUUUUUUAGUAUAGUUUUUUAGAUGUUCAUAUACAUAUAUGCUUCAAAAUAUAUAAAUCACGACAACAAGCACAAUAACAAUUAUGGCUAAAACAUUUAAUGUGUCAUUACUAAAGAUUCUUAGCAAGCAAAAACAAAUAAAACAAAAUAGUUACAAUAAAGCAAUUGCGACAAAAAACAAAACAUAAUUAACUUGUAUUAGUGCGUAUGCAAGCAAAAAAGAGCAAAGAAACAGAAUAAUGUAUAGAAUAUCAAAGAACAUUAAAUAAAUUAUUAAUCUCAAAAUAUGCAAUUAAUCCAAAAA